AUGCCUCCUUGUCACAACCAUAAUGGCAACUCUGCGUGCGGUGGCUUAAUCAGAGAGGAUGGAAAGCUGCUAAAGGGCUUCACCUUGAGAAUUUCCCCUGGAAACCCCCUAAUUGCAGAGCUUAAAGGGGUUAUUACAGGGCUGGAAAUUGCCUUCACAAUGAAACCAGGAAACAUUGAAGUCGACAUUGACUCCAAAGAAGCGUUUGAUCUGAUCACGCUCAGAUGCCCCGCGGACCACCCAAAUGUGGAACUAGUGAGACAGAUUUUCAGCUUAGUUUCUCAGAAUUGGAAUGUCUCUUUCAAUCUAAUUAUGAGGGAAUCUAAUUGUUGCGCAGAUGCCCUUGCUAAGCGUAGUCAUAGUAUGCCAGACUUAGUUUUUGAUAGCGAGAUUGUUCCUAACUUUCUAGUUCAAUUCCUUAAGAAUGAUGUAAUGGGGAUCACUACCCCAAGGCUGGUGUAG